AUUAAUUUAAGUUUGAACUUUACGUUUUUUUUUUACAAAACAUCGUUUAAUUUAUGAUUACAUCACUCGGCAACGGUUAACUAUUCGUAUCAGUUAAUCAUAACUACAGAGUGAUAUUAAUGUCGAAUUUUAGGUAAAGUUACAGUUUUUUACGUUCAACAUGUUCACAGGCUCCAUUGCAAUAUUUAAUACAGCCAGCUCCUGCAUAACGUUCACUAUUCCAUAUAUUUUGUAAUUCCAGUUCACUGAUUCAAAAGGGUUAUAAGCACCCUAGUCGAAAUUUAAAAGUAGACAAUGGGUGACAGUGAUGAUGAGUAUGAUAGGAAACGGAGGGACAAAUUUCGAGGUGAACGAACUGAGUCAAUCAGAGGUGGUGACAACCGAAGAGAUGACCGUAGGAUGAGAGACGAUUGGAAUGACAGCCGAAUGAUGAAAACUCCAAGAGAAACAUGGGGUGCACGUAAUAGAGGUCGUGGAGAUUAUAGAGGCCCAAUGCGCGAUCGUUAUAGUCCUGGUGCUCAAAGAGACUUAUCACCUCCAGUUAAAAGGAUGAGACCUCCAGAUUGGGAAGAUAGGCGUAUUGGUUAUGAACCUCCUGGUUAUGGUUAUGGUGCACCUUGGGAACCUCCUGCACAUCAUAUGGCUCCUGUUUCUAGAAUUAUGCCAAUGAGAGAUCCUGGAGCUCAUACUGUAAGUCAUUCUGCUCCACCAGCAGUAGACCAAUCUUCAGGAGAAACUCAACCUCCAAUGAUGUCUUUGAAAGCUUUUUUGAUUACUCAAGAUGAUAAUAUAACUGAUGAGGAAGCAUUAGAAAAGUAUAAUGAAUAUAAAUUACAGUUCAAAAGAAACCAGCUAAAUGAAUUUUUUAUCGCACAUAAAGAUGAAGAAUGGUUUAAGAUUAAAUAUCAUCCAGAUGAUAGUGUGAAACGAAAAGAAGAGCAAACCAUAGCAUUGAAAAAACGAUUAGAAGUUUUUAAAGAAUUUCUAGCCAAUGGUAAAAUUGAUUCUGUUUCGGUGGAUGCUGAAAAUACAGAGCCUUUGGUUCAUCUUCUUGAUUCAGUCGUUAUAAAACUUGAAGGAGGCACAGAUUUUGACUUAACUGUAUUAGAUCCUGUAGAGCCAUUAAAAGCUAAAAAUGAACCGGUAUCUGAAAAAAAAGAAUCAAAAAAAAAAAUUAUUGAUGCUGGUGGAAAUUCUGAUGGUGAAGUGGAUAGUGAUAAAGAAGAAGGUGAAGAAGCAGAUAAGAAAGAAAAUUCAGAAACAAAUAAUUCUAAAGAAACUAAGGAUGUAGAUGGUGAAAAACCAGAAGUCAUGGACAUAACAAAUGAUAGCGAUCAAAAUGAGGAUAUUUUAAAACCAAGAGCAUUGCAUCGUACAACUUCAGUAUUCUUGCGUAAUUUAUCUCCCGUUGUAACUAAAAGUGAAUUGGAAACUAUUUUUAAACGAUUCCCUGGAUUUAUAAGAUUGUCCAUAGCUGAUCCCUUACCUGAACGUCGCUGGUUUAGACGUGGUUGGGUAACAUUUGAUAGAAAUGUUAAUAUCAAAGAUAUGUGUUGGAAUCUGAGUAGCGUUAGAUUGCGUGAAUGUGAGUUGGGCGCAAUAGUCAAUAGAGAUUUAAGUAAACGUAUUCGAUCUGUUAAUGGAAUUACCAAUCACAGACAAGUGGCUCGUAAUGAUAUGAAAAUAUGUGCCAACAUAAUAAACAACUUUGAUAAACGUUCAGGAUUAUGGCAAUCAGAGGGAGAGGAAACUGCUUCAGAAAAUACUUAUGGUCUAGUGUCACGUAAUCCUGUGUUACACAACAUCACUGAUUUUCUUAUUGAAGAAGCAUCUGCUGAAGAAGAAGAACUUUUAGGUGAAAAUGCUGCCUGUGAACCCGAGGACAGUACUGAAAAAGAUUUGCUAUUACUUAAGGCCUUAGAUAAAAUGAUACUUUACUUGCGUAUUGUACACUCAGUUGACUUUUAUAACCACAGUGAGUAUGUAAAUGAAGAUGAGAUGCCAAAUAGGUGCGGUAUUAUGCAUGCUCGCUGUGCACCACCAAGUAAUCCUCCUACCCAACAAGAAAUAAAUGAUUAUAAUCAUAAUUUCCAAACAAAAGCAAAUUACCUGACUAUUUCUACCCCUGCUGAAAUAAGUGAAAAAGAAUUAUUGCAACUUGGAGCAAAAAAUGAAGAAGAAGAAAUUGAAAAGUUUGUUACAUCUAAUACUCAGGAAAUUUCGAAAGUAAAGUGGCUGUGUCCUUUGUCAGGCAAAAAAUUUAAAGGUCCCGAAUUUGUACGCAAACAUAUUUUCAAUAAGCAUAUUGAUAAACUGGAUGAUGUGAAAAAAGAAGUCAAGUGUUUCAAUAAUUAUCUUCGCGAUCCAAAAAGACCUCAAUUACCUGAACAUCCUGGCAAUUCCAAACAAGCUAGAAAAGAUGUGAAUGAUGCUCCACAAUCUUAUCCGCCAGCUGCAAAUCCCUAUCAAAUGUCUGGUUAUCCACCUUAUGGAGGUGCUGGAUUUGGCCGAGGAAUGUAUGGAUAUUCAAGACCGCCAGCUCGUGGGGGUUUUAGAGGUAGUGGCAGGCCAAUUAUUCAUUACCGUGAUCUAGAUGCUCCUAAAGAACCAGAAGAAAAUUUUAUUUAAAAGCAGUAGCAAUUUUAUUGGAAAAGAAACAAAGUUAGAAUCAGAGUUUAUUAUAUAUUCAUGUAUAUAAUAUAUACUUGGUCAUUUUUUUUUAAAUAUUGUCUAUCCCUAUAAUUUAAAAUAUAUCAAAAUUUAUCUGUAACGGUUAUUUAUUAAUCUGGCAUUCAUUUAUAAUAUUUUGGAUAUGAUUUUUUUAUUUUAAUAGUUAAUUAUAUAAAUGUAAUUAGCCUUAGAGAUAGUUUUACUUUACUUCUUAAUUAUUGGCAUGCGUAAUUACAAAUGAAUAAAAAAUGGUCAUGUAUUA